CGGGCUUUUGCUGUGGUGGGACGAGACCACCCUUAAUCUUUCGAGGAUCUCGUUCUUUCUGCCUGCCAUAGCGGCAAUCCCCUCGGAGAAAGUGCGGUUCUUUCUCCUUAUCACCUGCUGCAUCCCCCUAACCAGCAGGGAUUGCAGUACCUUAUCUUUCCACUUCCAGGCGUGUCUGAAGACCUGGCACCAAAGUGACCAGGAGGCAGAGAACUUCAGAGGAGUCUGGUCCUGGGCUGCCCAUGGGUGAGUGAGUGGGAAGGUCCGGGACUGCAGACUGGUGGCGAUGACCACUCUCCCAGCAGCAGAAACCUGGACAGACGGCGGUGGAGGCGUGGGUGCGGACGCCGGGAACCUGACUGCCUCGCUAGCUGCCGGGGCGGCCAGGAGGGCAGUUGAGACUGGGUGGCUGCAACUGCUGGUCCAAGCUGGCAACCUCUCCUCCUCCAACUCCGUGCUGGCUUCCCCCGCGCCCUCCCAGCCCCAGGCCAACCUCACCAACCAGUUCGUGCAGCCGUCCUGGCGCAUCGCGCUCUGGUCCCUGGCGUAUGGGGUGGUGGUGGCAGUGGCCGUUUUUGGAAAUCUCAUCGUCAUCUGGAUCAUCCUGGCCCACAAGCGCAUGAGGACUGUCACCAACUACUUCCUUGUGAACCUGGCUUUCUCCGAUGCCUCCAUGGCCGCCUUCAACACGUUGGUCAAUUUCAUCUACGCGCUUCAUAGCGAGUGGUACUUCGGCGCCAACUACUGCCGCUUCCAGAACUUCUUUCCUAUCACAGCUGUGUUCGCCAGCAUCUACUCCAUGACUGCCAUUGCGGUGGACAGGUAUAUGGCUAUUAUUGAUCCCUUGAAACCCAGACUGUCUGCCACAGCAACGAAGAUUGUCAUUGGAAGUAUUUGGAUUCUAGCAUUUCUACUUGCCUUCCCUCAAUGUCUAUAUUCCAAAACCAAAGUCCUGCCAGGUCGUACUCUCUGCUUUGUGCAAUGGCCAGAAGGUCCCAAACAACAUUUCACUUACCAUGUUGUCGUCAUUAUACUGGUGUACUGUUUCCCAUUGCUCAUCAUGGGUAUCACAUACACCAUUGUUGGAAUUACUCUCUGGGGAGGAGAAAUCCCAGGAGAUACCUGUGACAAGUAUCAUGAGCAGCUAAAGGCCAAAAGAAAGAUACUGCCAAUGUGUAAGAAACAGAGAACUGAGCAAAUUCAGAGUGACCCUAACCCUUACAAAGCACAUAAAGAAUACCAAGAAGCUUGGUAUCAAAUCUAUGAAAUAUAA